AUGGUGCAGGGUGUGGCUUUUGGACUGCUCGGGCUGGCUGCCUCUGCUUUGGGCACUUAUGCGCCCUACUACGCGAAUUUGACAUGGGAGCAACCACGGACUCUGUCCAACUGGUCCAACCUUACCGUCGAGACACGGACAGGGACGUUCAUUGGUAUGCUCAAUGACACUUACCCAGACGUUCGACAGUUUCUGCGAGUUCCUUAUGCCAAGCCUCCUAUUGGGGAUUUAAGAUGGCUUCCUCCUCAUCGGCUUGACAACUCAAGCAGAACAUAUGACUCCACCUUCUAUGGCCCAGCCUGUCCGCAGUAUGUUCCAGCAGAGAGCGAUUUUUGGAAUGAAUAUGAACCGGAGAAUUUGCUGCUCAAUGUCGGCGAAAGGCUCAACCAGGGCUCUACGGCAUGGUCCUCGUCAGAGGAUUGCCUGUCCCUAGCGGUAUGGACUCCAUCGUAUGCUAAUGAGACAUCCAAGCUGCCAGUUGCGCUGUUUGUCACGGGAGGUGGUGGCAUCACAGGGGGUAUCAACAUUCCGUCCCAGCUGCCCUCUGCUUGGGUAUCUCGCUCUCAGGAGCAUAUCGUUGUUACCAUCAAUUACCGCGUCAAUAUUUUUGGCAAUCCCAAAUCGCGUGCGUUGAAUGAUACGUCGCUUACGCUGAUGGACGUGCGCGCUGCUGUGGAGUGGGUAUAUGAGAACAUUGAAGCGUUCGGUGGUAAUCCCGAAAAUAUUAUGGUCAGACUACAAGUUUCCUCUCACAUGACUAGAGCUAACAGUAAGCAGCUAUGGGGACAGUCACAAGGUGCUUUGCUGACGCAUCUGUACACCCUCGCAUGGCCAGAAGAGCCUCUUGCCGCCAAGUUCGGCGUCAUCUCCCAAGGAGCAUCUGCCACACUCAACCUCUCUACCACGCCCGAUGUGUACCAAGACUUUGACAUCGUGGCCAAGGGACUAGGCUGCAAUUAUGGUGAUGAUGCCGAGGCCGAGCUGGAGUGCAUGCGUGGGAUUUCCUGGGUGCAGAUCGAGGAGUAUAUCAACCGCUACAAUAGCUCUCCUUCUAUUGCUUUCACGAACUAUAUUCCCGAUGAGAAAUACAUCUUCUCCGACGAAAGACAGCGUUACCUUGAGCGGAAGGUUGCCCGAGGCCCGUCAAUUCGAUCUGACACGGCGCGAGAAUUCCCUAGCACAAACACGACCUCAGUAAAUAUUGAAGAAGGCGAAUCAGACUGUCUGGCAGUGACUGACCUUGCGCUACGUGCGUCCAUUGGGCUCGAGACCUAUCGCUACUACUGGGCUGGCAACUUCUCCAAUAUCAGUCCCGUACCGUGGCUAGGAGCAUUCCACUGGACCGACCUGCUGAUGAUCUUCGGUACGUAUAAUCUGGACGUCGGCGAGAUCUCGCAGUUGGAAGUCGACACCUCUGCCACGAUGCAAGAUUAUCUACUCGCCUUUCUGAAGGACUCAUCAACCGUCAGCGAGACGGUCGGAUGGCCGUUAUAUCUGGGCAACGAGACCAACGGAGGACUCAUCCUGGAGUUCGGUAACGGCACAGCAGUGCGGACCAUCACAGGUGACUGGCUCGACGCGGGAUGUUUCAAUUCAUCUAUCCCAUUCAGAAUCUGGGGGUAG